UUUUUUUCAGAGGAGAAAAAAAACAGAGCAAAAAAGAUGAGUGGUGAAAAAGAAGAUGGUUUAGGUUUGAGUCUGAGCUUAGGAAUCAUGAGUUGCCCUCAAAAUAAUCAUAAAACUCCUCCUCCUUUCCCUUUGAAUCUCUUACCUUUCAUGCACCAUCAUCAAAUUUCAUCAGGGAGAAAAGAUGAGAGAGGAGAAAGGGUAAGAGGGGGAAUAGAUAUGAAUGAACCAGCGAGAAUGAUUAUAGAGUGUGAUGAUGAAGAAGAAGAUGAAGAAGAAGAUCAGGUGUUAAUGGUUUCAUCACCUAACAGCACUGUUUCGAGUGUGAGUGGAAAGAGGAGUCAUGACAGAGAAGAGAAUGAAGGGGAGAGGGCCACCAGCUCACUGGAGGAUGACGGCGGAGAUGCGGCGGCAAGGAAGAAACUCCGGCUGUCAAAAGAGCAAGCUGCCGUUCUUGAAGAGACAUUCAAGGAGCAUAACACUCUUAAUCCGAAGCAAAAAUUGGCUCUGGCAAAACAGCUGAAUCUGAGGCCAAGACAAGUGGAGGUGUGGUUUCAGAACAGGAGGGCAAGGACUAAGUUGAAGCAAACAGAGGUAGAUUGUGAAUACUUGAAGCGUUGCUGCGAAAAUCUGACAGAUGAAAACAGACGUUUGCAGAAAGAAGUUAGUGAGCUUAGAGCGUUGAAACUUUCUCCACAAUUGUACAUGAACAUGAGCCCUCCAACCACCCUCACAAUGUGCCCUCAAUGCGAGCGCGUAGCUGUAUCAUCCUCCGCGGCCUCUUCAUCAGUCACCGGAGCCAAUGCCUCUCGUUCACACCUCCACCAAGCGCCAGUGCCCCUCAACAAACCAUGGGCUGCAAUGUUUGCGUCUAAAACACUCGAUGUGCAAAGGUCACAAAUGUAA